UCCUUUAUAACUACAACAGCCGCCUCAGGCACCACACUGAAGCGUCAUAACAUAAUGAAAGGUCAAAAGAAAAAAGGACAUGGGAAAGUGAAAACAGGUGUGUAUGACCCUUGGUGCUAGAAGCCUGGUCCCCAGAUGAAUGAAGGAUGAAUCAGCAUGGCCAUGACACCUAGCCCCACCCUCUUCCCCAGCCUGAGUCAAGCUCUACAGGGGCACAACAAUGGUGUCCUGGUGAGGAAGAGGUAACUUCUUAUUUACUUUUUAUAACUAUGUCAGACAGAAGAUCAGAGAUGUCAACUCUAUCCACAAAUGAGUCCUGCAAACAAAAUGACACAAGGAAAGACGUGCAAGAUGAUAGUAUUUGCUCGGCAAAAAAAGAUCCAGAAGACAACAUCAUUAUUAUCUCCAGCGAUGACUCUCCAGGGGAUGGUCCUGAACAGAGAUCCAAGAACAGCAGUGGACAAAAAAAAAGGAAACUGGAGAAUGUCAUGGCUGAUCCAGAAGACAACAUCAUUAUUAUCUCCAGUGAUGACUCUCCAGGGGAUGUCCCUGAGCAGCAGGCCAAGAGCAAGAGAGUCCAGAAGACAAAAUCACAGGCGGAUGUCAAAGCAGCUACCCAGGAAAGCAGACUGCAGGCCUCACGCAUAUCCACCUCUGAGGCUACCCCCAGAGCUGCCUCAGAGCUGAAGUUCACCAGGAGGAAGAAGAAGAGGAGCAUAUGGACUGUAGACCAUAUCGAGGGAACAAAGCUCACAGUAAAGAAGAAGAGAAGACCCAGUUACCGGCCUGAGGAUCUUGAAGCCUUCUACCGAAUUCUGCAGGAUCCUGUGGUCCAGAACUUCUUGGCAGCUGACAUUUUCUUCAGAAUGACCGACAAGUACCUGCUGUCCAUGGUGGUGGAGUACUUUGGCCGACUCGGGCUUCCUGGACAUCUCUACAACAGGAUCCACUUCUUUCUGGCCCUCUACAUCGCCUGUGACAUGGAAGAAGAUGACCCCAUAUCCAAGAGGAGCAUCUUUCAAUUCCUGCUGGGCACAGACACAUGGCAGGACUUAUACAAGGACUUCCAAAGGCUGCAGGGGGAGUUCCUCCAAGUCAUAGAUUACCGAGCCUGGGUCACACGACAGGAGUGUGAAGAGAUCCAGAACCAGAACCCACACCACUGGGUCUGGAGCCGGGUGCGACAGAGCGCCCCUUAG